AGCAUGCUUGCGAUCCGGGUAAUUGAAGCUUCACGGCACGGGAUGUGCCAGCACCAGGUGUAGAUCUGUCGUAUCUGUCGUAGGGCCGCAGCAAAGUCAGCCCGUUCGAUGAUUAUGUGCGUGCAUCUGCCAGCCAAGUCCAAACACCCUUGAGGUUGACAUCGCAGGAUCCGAUCGCAGCUGCAAGGCCGUUAUCGUCACGUUUGGCGUUGUCGUGCGAGCAAGUGUUGGCGGGGUAAAGAUGGGUUAGCUCGAAAUGGCUUGGAAGGCCUCGGCUUCCUCAUUCCGUCAUCAUCGUCGAAAGCUAUCCCACGACACCACCAAGCCAUUGGCCUUCAAGACGAACUCAGCCAGCAUCCUAUAUACUCAAUUUCGAUUGCCCACACCAUGGCUACCCAGAACCAAGACCGCCUCCGAACACACUUCUCCUCGGCUCCUGACAAGGAGCACAACAACCGCUGGGACGACCUAUGGAGAGAAUCCACAUUUCUACCUUGGGAUCGUGGUCACGCAAACCCGGCCUUGAUUGACCUGCUGCAAGAGCGUGGUCGUCCAUUGUCGUCCCCAGACCCGAAUCCCUCACUCGGCGCACCACCACCUAACAGCGAGUCGGCGGGUUAUGCGUCCCUCGCUGGACCCUUACGAGACGAUGGGAAGAGGAGGAGGGCGCUUGUACCAGGGUGUGGAAAGGGAUACGAUGUCGCCUUGUUCGCAGCGCAUGGGUACGACGCUUAUGGGCUCGAGGUGUCUUCACAUGCUGCAGACGCAGCGAGAAAGUAUUUGGAAGACCCUGGUAAGGGACCGCUGGGAGGAGAGUACGCAGUCGCGAACGAGAAGGUUGGGAAAGGGGCGAUGAAUGUUGUAUGUGGGGACUUCUUUGAGGAUGGCUGGUUGGCAGAUGUAGAGGGAUGGGAGGGCGAUGAAGGAUUUGACAUUAUCUACGACAAUACGUUCCUCUGCGCGCUCCCUCCAUCGAUGAGGCCAAAAUGGGCAUCUCGAGUGACCACGCUUCUCCGCCGGCCAGCCGCGAACUCCCCGUCCACCGGUGGUGUCCUCAUCUGUCUCGAAUUCCCAACACACAAGCCCGCAUCCUCCGGUGGCCCUCCGUGGUCGCUUCCGCCUCUUGUACAUACCGAGCUGCUCAAGCAGCCAGGUGAGGAGAUCUCGUAUGACGACCAGGGCGUGGUGAAAAAGACGGAUAGAGAGGAGACGGACAAGGCACUGGUCAAAAUUGCGCACUAUACGCCCAAGCGGACCCACGAGACUGGCGUGAUCAAGGGCCUCGUAAGGGAUUGCGUGAGUAUGUGGCGGCACAAGGCGGAUUGUCCCGACGAGCAGAGAUGGCAUUGAGCGUAGCAGGUUGCUGAGAGGUUGCAUGUCUCUGGUCGCC